AUGACAAGCGGAGCCGACCUUCCGGUGUUGCGAGUGAAUCAGCUGGAUGCCAGGCGAUUGGAUGGAGAGAUCACCUCGAUUCUGAGGCAGCAGCUUCAGGACGCUGUCCUCUCGGACGAGUGGCCGCUGGAGCGUUUUGCAGAAGAGAUGGAGGUCUUGCUACAGGCCAUGCUUUGGAGGUACACAGUGUGGAUCGACCAGCCCACGCCUGGAGGUCGCUUGCAGAACCUGCACUAUGCUGCGGUGAAGCGCAGUUCAACUGGUCAGAUGGCGGUUUUGCCACUGAGCCGACUCCAGAAAUUGGGCUUCCUGGCGCUCUGGGUGGUGGUUCCCUACUUGGGUCGCCGCAUCGCCGGUCGCUUGCAGCUUGAGCGCUGGGCGCAGAACCGACCCUGGUUGAAGUCACUGGUGACGUCUAUAGUGCCUAGGCUAGUGGCAGUACAUUCGCUCCUGGUGGCCCUGAACUUCUUGGUUUUUCUGAGGUUUGGCACCUACAGCGAGCUUCGCGAUCGACUCCUGAACAUCCGCCUGGUGCACAUUGAUCCCACAGCCAGGAGACAGGUUGCGUUUGAGUACAUGAACCGGGUGAUGAUUUGGAAUGGCCUCUCUGAGUUUUUGAUGACGGCGGGAAUCCCCAGCGGCAUGGUGAUGUCGGCGGCAUGGUGCAUCCCCAACGUUGGCGGAGGACAGCAGUCGUCUCUACCGCUUGAGAUGGCACGCCUUCUUGCCCUGACGCUGCUUGCAGUGGCCAUUUGCUUGCUCCCUGGCUACCCUGCUGGAUUUGUGGCACCAUCCCCUCCUCGUGCUGUUCCAAGGGUGGCUCUGCAGGCCAAGCAAGACUUUCAAGAGACAGAACGCCCAAACAUCCCCGCAGUCGUGUUGGCUGUGUUGGCAGGUGUGAUAGUGGGCUUUGCGCCACCCAGCUUUGCGGGCACUGGUUCGGGCCGUCCUGACUUUCAAGUAGUGAGGCCUGGAUACAUGCAGGGCAUUGACGCAUCCAAUGCGGCAACCAAGCCUGGAGAGAUUGACUAUGUGACCCGAUCUCGCAUUGAAGCGGAACAGUUCCCUGAGGUCCUUAAAGAGAUUCGCAAGACUCAGGCAAAGCUUCAAGAUGCACCCACCAAAGAGCAGAGAAUUGCGAACUACUGGAAAGGAGUGGAGGAGUACAAGAAGGUUGCCGAGGUCGGAUCUUAG